AUGGCUGGUGACGACGAUAAAGCCGUUGAGAAGGCAGGUGAUGGUGACGUUGAUAUGGCAGAAGAGCCAGAUUCGGAAAAAUCAGAUUCAGGGUUAGACGAAGGCGGUAACGGCAAGAAUGCGACCAACGACUCGAAAAAGGAGGAUUCGGACGGGGACAGCGAUGGCGAUGAUAGCGAGGAUGACGAUAGCGAAGAUGAGAAAGAGGCAGCGGAGGAGGCGGAGCGAAAAGCUAUGAUUGACCAAGUCAAAGCCCGCAUCGCAUCGAAUCCGUACGACUAUCAGGCUCACGUUCAGCUGAUAUCCCUUCUGCGGCGCAGCAGCAUGCUGGAGGAGUUAAGGGCUGCACGAGAGGCGAUGAAUGCGCUCUUCCCGUUAUCGCCCGCCAUGUGGCAGCAGUGGGCUCACGACGAGACCCGCCUCAUUGCCUCAGAUGCUGACGUGGCAAAGGUGGAAGCUCUUUUCAAGCGUGGAGUGGAGGAGUACGUGGUGAGUCUCUCUCCCCAACCCCCCCUCUGCCUCCACUCCGUCUCUGCUUCCUCCUCCCUCUCCUCCUCCUCGCUCUCCUCCUGUUAUACAAGCGUGGAGUGGAGGAGCCUAUCUCGCCUUCCUCAUCGCCCACCACCCCGCCAUCACUACACACACCCCCAACGGCCUGUAGCUCCUCCGUCUAAAACACCUCUUUUCACCCCUCUCCACCCCUCUGGACCCCUAGCCUAUCUCGCCUUCCUAGCAGCCCACCACCCCGCCAUCACCACACACACCCCCGACGGUCUCAAGCUCUUCCGGACCACAGCUGAGCAAGCGCUCUCCCAGGUCGGGCUGCACUUGGGGGAGGGCGCAUCUGUCUGGGGGACUUUCAGGGGAUUCGAGAUGGAGGUUCUGCGGAAAACGGAGGGGGAGGAGGAAAAGACGAAGCAGGCCGCCCGGGUGCGGGCGCUUUUCCACCGCCAGCUGGCGGUGCCUCAUUUGCAGCUGCCUGCCACGCUGGCAGCGUACCUGGCCUGGGAGGAGGAGGAAGGCGGCGAGAAGCUUCCUACACCCUCCUCCGAGUCGUCUCCUGAUGUCGAGAAGCUUCCGGGAAGCGUCAAGGCGGCAUAUUUGAAAGCGGAAAGGAUGGUGGGGGAGAGGAGGGGGGUGGAGGAGAGGGUGGAGAGGCUGGAAGGGGAGAAGAGACGAGUGGAGGAGGAGGGGGGUGGUGCUGCAGCCGCAGGGGGAGGGGGAGGAGGGGGAGGGGGAAAAGGGAAGGAAGGGGAAGGUGGUGCUGUUGCUACGUUUGAGAAGACGGAUGAGCUCAUGCAGGCAUACACGGAGUAUCUGGCGUUGGAGGCAGCCAGUGGCGACAUGCCACGUCAGCAGGCCAUGCAUGAGAGGGCGGUCACGGGUCUGCCUGUGGUGUUUGACGUGUGGUUGAAAUACAUUGACCUUGUUGACCAUAGGCUCAAGGUGCCUUCGGUUGUGCGCUCAGUUUAUUCCCGGGCAGCCCGAAACUGCCCAUGGGUGGGCACGCUUUGGACGCGCUAUCUGCUUGCGCUUGAGCGAUUGGGGACUGCUGAUGCUGACGUGGCAGAGGUCUUUGAGAAGGCCCUUGUGUCUGGAGUUCAGUCUGCAGAGGAGUACUUUGACAUUUUCCUCACCCGCCUGGACGGCUUGAGGCGCCGCCGCAUGCCUCCUCCUGAGUCCUCCAAAGGCGCUGCUAAAGGGGCUGCUCUUAGCGAGGAUGAGAAGUCGAAGUUGGUAGCAGCCAUGCGAGCAACCUUUGAGCGCGCAGCUGAGUUCAUGGCCUCGUAUUUCCCCGACCACCAGCAAGCCCAGCUGCACCUGGCGGGGUACCAGGCGCAUAUAGAAUGCCAGCUGGAGAGAGCAGGGGAGGGUGCAUCUGGGGGAGGUGCGACUGGAGCGGCAGGGGAAGCUGCUGGAAGGGCCAUCUGGGAGCAAUUUGUGAGAAAGCACGGCUCCUCCCACCAGGCGUGGCUGGGCUUCACUCACUUUGAGACUGAGAGGGGGUGCUACAACCAGGCUCGGUCAGUCUUCCGCCGCUGCUACAGCCGGAAGUUCGACUCACCCUCAGGCACAGAGGAGGUGUGUUCUGCCUGGAUACGGUUCGAGAGGGAGUGGGGAACACUCAGUGACCUCGACCUGGCAUCAGACAAGGAGGAUCAAGCGCAGCUGUACCAACAGCACCGGCAGCAGCAGCAGCAGAAGCAGCAGGUGGAGCAAGGGCGUGGGCAAAAGCGCAAAGCAGAAGGAGGGGACGCACGAGGAGGAGGAGGGAGGGGCGAGAAGGGGAGAGGAGGGGGAGCAGGAGGAGGGGGAGAAGGUGGAGGAGGAGGUGGGGAGCGAGGGGGGGAGGGUGGGGGAAGAGACCGAGGCAAGAGGCAGCGUCCGGGAUUAGGGUUUGACAAGAGGCAGGGGCGAGGAAAGGAGGGGUUAGGCAAGGAGGCAGGUUCGGCAGGCGAUGGUUCGGCAGAAGAAGGGAAAGAGACCGUGGGUGAGAAAGGAAAGGAGGGGAAGAAGGCGGAAGAUGGGGAAAGGAAGAAGGACGAUGGAGGGGAGGGACAGGAGCAGGGAGGGGAGAAGCAGCAAGAGGAGGAGAAGGAGGCAGAGAGGAAGGAUGGAGGAGAGCAGGGGCAGAAGGGACAGCAAGGGCAGCAGGGGCAGCAGCAGGGGCGUUUUUUCACGGACAAGAAUACAGUGUUCCUCUCGAACCUGGAACUCAGCACGACUCAAGCCGAGAUCAGGGAGCUGCUGAAGGAAUGUGGCGAGAUACAAGAUGUGCGGAUGGUGUUCAACCACUCCACUGGGCAGUUCAGGGGUUUCGCCUACGUGGAGCUGGCUAGUGCAGAGGCGGUGGCAGCAGCAGAGAAGCUCAACAGGACGCCAAUGAGAGGGCGCCAGGUGUCCAUCAAGAAAUCGGACCCCAGCCAUGGUUCGGGGCACAGGGACAGGGGCAGGGGGAGAGGAAGGGGUUGGGGCGGAGGGGGAGGAGGAGGGGGGAGAGGGAGGGGUGGUGGAAGGGAGGGGCAUGAUGAAGCGGAGGAGGAAGCCUAUCAUCCGUCCACUCGGGGCGGCAGAGGAGGGCGGGGAGGCCGCGGCUUGCAGCCUUUGUCAGCUAGUGCCAGGCGGGGGGGUCAGCUGCAGCUGAUUGGCUCUCCCACCUUCGCCAUGCCUCGUGCGGUGGGACAAGCUCUAGGGAGAGGUGUGGCUGGGAGGGCAGGGGGGAGAGGAGGGGGGAGAGCAGGGGGGCGGGGUGGUAUGGGGAGAGGACAGCAGGGGGAAGGGGGGACAAGAGGGGAGGGGAUGGGUGGAGGGGAGAAAGGAGAGGGUAAGGGGAGUGGUGGAGGGGGAGAGGAGAAUGGGGGGGCAGGAGGAGAUGGUGGUGAUGUUCCACUUGAUUCUAAUGCUGCCUUCAGAAAGCUUUUUGCUAAGAAGCUUGAGAGCUGA